AUGGCCAAGCGCCACCUCGUCCGGCCCCGGCUCAGCGCCUCCCCCAACCGCUCCGGGCCCUGGCGACAUAGCUCCGGCGCCCAUUCCAGCGCGGGUCCUAGCGAGACCUCCCGAACCGAGUGUUUGGGAGCUCGGGGGCGGGGGCGCCCAGCAGGAACCCCCCAGCCCUUCCACUGCUGCGGCCCCGCCCGGGCGCGCACCACCAGAUCCCGAGCUCCCCACCCGCUGCAGCCCCGGCCGGGGCGGGGCGGGCGGGGCCGGGGGCGGUGCGCAGACGGCUGGGACUCCCUCCAGCUCCGCGCCGGCAGCUCCGCGGCCAUGGGGGCGCGGCUGGGCCGGCGGACCGGACCCGAGGCGGGCUCGGAAGCCGGGGCGGCGGCGGGGUGCGGGCCCGCGCCCUUUGAGCGCCGGGUGCGCUGGCUCCGCGAGAUCCAGUCCACGCUCCGUGAGCGGCGGCCCGAGCGCGCCCGGCAGCUACUGCGCCUCCUGCGCCAGGACCUGGGCCUCGAGGGGACCCUCCUCACCGACAUCCUCUACAGGAAUGUGGCCUUCCUCAAUCUGGUGGACCCCAUCUCCCACGACCUGCUUGUGAACCUGGCCCGGGACCUGCAGUGCCCCAAAACGGACUAUGAGCUCUGGAAGUCCUCAGAUAAGAUCUGCCGCCAGCUCAUCUACCACCUCACCCCUCACUCCAAGCGGCAGCGAGGGUCCAGCCUGCCCCGGAGGAAGACUCAGAGCUGCCUCAAGAGCAGUCUCCAGAUGACUCAGCUGGCGGGGGAGACCGUGAACCUCUCGGGGAUCCCACUAUCCGCACGGGACGUGCAACACAUUACCCGCUACCUGCGAAGCCAGGGAGCCGGUCUUACGGUGCUGGACCUGAGCUUCACGGGGCUGAGUGAUGAGCUCUUGCGCCUGCUGCUGCCCAGCCUCUGGUCACUGCCCCACCUCACCCAGCUCCUGCUCAACGGCAACAGGCUGACAAGGGCCACUGCGCGCGAGCUCACCGAGGCCAUCAAGGACUCUGCCAAGUUCCCCGCGCUGGCCUGGGUGGACCUGGGCAACAACGUGGACGUGGCUUCCUUGCCCCAGCCCCUGCUGGUCGGCCUGCGCCGGCGGCUCAGCCAGCGCACCUCACUCCCUACCAUCUAUGAGGGCCUGGACCUUGAGCCUGAGGGUGGUGUGUCUGGGGCCAGCUCUGCUGCCUCCACCUGGGGUUCUGCAGCCACUGGGCCAGGGUCUGAGCCCCAGGCCUGCUGCACAAGGUGACCCACCACCCAUCUCCCUCAUGCCAAUGCUCCUAGGCACGGGGGAUGGGGGCGAUGGAGGCCCUCCAGGCCUCCAGGGAUCCAGCGUAUGUGCUCGGCCUGGGAUGGAGCGUCAGGCUUCCCUCAGCAGGGAGUGCCCAGCACCUGCUGGGCCCAUCCUGCAGUAAAUGGUGAUGCCCUCCUCUGCCUCAGCCUUUCUGCAUCGUGGACCUCAGGGCCACUUAGUGCCAGCCAUGCUUUUGGAGUCGGGAGAAGGGGUGGCCAAAGCGUCACCUGAAAGAGAGGGACCGAGCUCACACUGACUUCCUCCAGGUGCUCCCUGGGCAGACACCCAGGUGUGAGAUCGGGUCCAUCUGUGGGCUGGGGAGUUAGAGGAGGCCGCCAGGGACCUGACCGUCACAUCUGUGUGGGGCCUGGAGAGGAGCAAGUGGGGAGGCCACAGAGGGGCAAAGCUCAGAAUAGAGCCCCACAGUAAUCUUGUGCCUGAGCCCAGGACCCCCGGGGCUGGGGACAAGACUGCACUGAUAGGAGGCAAGGUUCAUCUCCCGCAGGUUGAGUGCUGCCCACCACCCCU